AUGAGUGAAACAGGAUUCGUUUUGGAUAUGCUCAUGAAUUCGUCGUCGUCGUCUUCAUCAGACGACGACGAACUAAUUCUUGCAGCAUUUGCAGAGCGCGAGGAGGAAGAGGAGGCAAAUGCUCGACGUCAUGGCGGUUCCACGCUGGGACGACAAUUUUUGCAUCGCGGAAGAGAUGCCGGAUUUGUUCUAUUGUGGAGCGACUACUUCAAAGAAAAUCCCACUUUUCCCGAAAGUUAUUUUCGCCGAAGGUAUAGAAUGUCCCGUAAUUUGUUUAAUCGCAUAGCUGAAGCAGUACUUGAGCAUGAUAGUUAUUUUAAGCAAAAAAGAAAUUCUGCUGGAGCUCUUGGGUUACAUCCUCUGCAGAAGAUGACAACGGCAAUGCGACUGCUAACUUACGGAUAUGCGGCUGAUGCCGCGGAUGAGUAUUGUCGGUCUGGAGAAUCUACAAAUCUAGCAUCUUGCAAAAAGUUUGUGAUAGCUAUUUGUGAAAUAUUUGGGGACCGGUAUCUGAGAUCUCCAAAUGAAGAAGAUACUGCUAGAUUGCUUGCAAUAGGGGAGCAAAGAGGUUUUCCUGCUGAAGGUGAAGCUCCAAAAGUGAAUUAUACCAUCAAUGGUCAUCCGUACACAAUGGGGUAUUACCUUGCAGAUGGUAUAUAUCCACCAUGGGUAACAUUUGUGAAGACCAUACCAGCUCCAGAAGGCAGAAAGAAGAAACAUUUUGCCAAAAGACAAGAGGGGGCCAGAAAGGAUGUGGAGAGAGCAUUUGGAGUUCUGCAAUCUCGUUUUGCCAUUGUUCGAGGACCAGCAAAAGGUUGGAAACGUAAAGAAAUUGGUGAUCUCAUGAAAGCUUGCAUCAUAAUGAACAAUAUGAUAGUCGAAGAUGAGCGAGACAGCGGUCCACAUGACUACAUCUAUGACUCUAUGGGAGUAAAGGUGACCCCAUCUCAUACUCAUGCGGAAAAACUGAGUGUGUUUAUUCAAAUGCAUCAACGGAUCACAACAGAGCAUUUCACUCUCAGCUCCAAGAUGAUCUAG